AUGGCCAGCUAUCGCCCCGACACUUGGCUUAUUAAUUGCUGGUGCUGGCCACUGCCUAGCGGGCUCACCAUCGCCACGAUCCAAAACCCUUGCCAAAAUUUGGUCGCCCUGCUCCCUGGGCUGUCUUGGGGAAGAAGCUGGACCCCCACAGCGGUGGGCUUUGCUCGGGGGGCUGGUGCCGGGGACCCAAGCGUGUUGGCCUUGGCCGGCCGAAGCCCUUCUUGCCGCCAUCCCUGCUUGCUGCCAGCAGCAUUGCUGGCUCUGGGAGGUAUUUCCCGGCCCAUCUGCAGGGUGAGGGCGCGGGGGGCGAGGAGGCGGCGGCAGGAAGCAGGCAGGAGCUGCGGCUUGGGGUGGGACGGGGGCUUCUCUGCUGGGAGCUGUCAUCUGGAAGCCAUCAGUGGGGCGGGAAGGAGGGAGCCGCCUUCCCGGGGCCACACACGCCGGCCGGCCCCGCAGGGACCCAGCCGGCCGGCUCGCAGCCUGCCUUGCCCGUCCGGGGGUCCCUGCUGUGCCCUGCCUUCCCCUCGGCUCUACCCGCCCAGGCUUGCCACCAGUGCUGGUGCUGGGCAGCCCGUGUCCAAGCCUGGCAGAGCCACGGGGCUGCAGCGGGGCUGCUGUUCGGUCGAUGCAUCCCCCAGAGCUUUGGAUAUGAGGGUGGAGAAACCCACCCAGCCACUUUUGUGCUCUCCAGCACUGCAGCCAUCAUCCGCUCUGUGUUUCCCAUCCCUUUGGUGGCUCGGCAUUGUCAUUGCAAAGCGAGGGGGGACCCGGUGGAGGCAAGCUGGCGGCAGGGGUGCAGCCCCCUCCUCCCUAACCCCGUGCCUCUCUCACAGCUUGGCUAACAUCCCGUUGACUCCGGAGACCCAGCGGGACCAGGAGCGACGGAUACGCAGGGAAAUCGCUAACAGCAACGAGAGACGGCGGAUGCAGAGCAUCAAUGCUGGCUUCCAGUCUCUGAAAACCCUCAUCCCACACACGGACGGGGAGAAGCUCAGCAAGGCAGCCAUCCUCCAGCAGACUGCCGAGUACAUCUUCUCCCUGGAGCAGGAGAAGACUCGGCUACUGCAGCAGAACACCCAGCUCAAGCGGUUCAUCCAGGAGUUCAGCGGCUCCUCCCCGAAACGGCGACGGGCGGAGGACAAAGAUGAGGGGAUCGGCUCGCCAGACAUCUGGGAGGAUGAGAAGGCUGAGGAUCUGCGGCGGGAGAUGAUCGAGCUCCGGCAGCAGCUGGACAAGGAGCGCUCGGUCCGCAUGAUGCUGGAGGAGCAGGUUCGCUCCCUGGAGGCCCACAUGUACCCUGAGAAGCUGAAGGUGAUCGCUCAGCAAGUGCAGCUCCAGCAGCAGCAGGAACAGGUGAGGUUGCUGCACCAGGAGAAGCUAGAGCGUGAGCAGCAGAUACGAACCCAGCUCCUGCCAUCACAUGCUCCCCCAGCACCCACCCACCACCCCACUGUGAUCGUUCCAGCGCCGCCUCCCUCCCAUCACGUCACUGUGGUCACUAUGGGCCCGUCCUCGGUCAUCAACACAGUCUCCACGUCCCGGCAAAACCUGGACACCAUCGUUCAGGCGAUCCAACACAUUGAGGGGACGCAGGAGAAGCAGCUGCAGGAAGAGGAGCAGAGACGUGCUGUCAUCGUGACGCCGGCACGCGCUUGCCCCGAGCCUUCCGCCUCCGACACCGCCUCCGACACCGAGGGCAAUGACAGUGACUCCAUGGACCAGAGCAAAGAAGAGCCCUCGGGAGACGGGGAGCUGCCCUGA